AUGGGGUCUCCGGACCUCCGACUUGAGCAUCCCGAUGUCAGCAUUUGGCAAGCCGCGGCCAAGGGUGACCUUGACACCUUGCGAUAUUAUAUUGAUCACAACGAAACGGAUCUGGCCGUCUUACUGAACACGCGUGAUCCGGAAACCGAAUGUACACUGCUUCAUCUUGUGAUAUCGUCUGUUUCUGAUCCUUACCCAAUGCUGCGCUUAUUACUUGAGCACGGCGCGGAACCUAUUGCAAGAAACGUAUACAAUGUGUAUCCGAUUCAACUAUUAUCGCUUCAUUGCAGCGAUCCGCUACCCUCCAUGAAAUUGCUGUUGGAAUAUGAGGCCGAUCCAAAUGCGCGUGACGGGGACGGAUGGACGCCCUUGCAUUAUGCGGCACGAUUCUGUCGCGAUCCUCAACCUGUCAUGCAAUUGCUGGUACAACACGGCGCGGAUAUAAAUGCCAAAGAUGCCAGUCAACGAUCACCGAUAUUUCUGCUUUUGGCCAAUGGAGAUCAUGCAACCGCAUUGAAUUGGUUGGUCCACGACGCGAAA